CAUGAAUCUUCAUCAAUGGAGAUUCAAAAAUGGACGAAGCAUUGCAUUUACGCAAUACCAUCCUGUGUUGCAGACCUGAACAAGAAGGCUUACAGCCCCCAAACGGUGUCGUUUGGCCCAUACCAUUACAUGAAGAAUCAUCUGGUAGCCAUGGAAGAGCACAAGCAUAGAGCUCUGGUUCACUUUCUGAGGAGGUGUAACGGGAAGCCAUUGGAGUUGCUGAUUGAAAGCAUGGCGAAAGUGGAAGAAGAUCUGAAAGACUCUUACAAGCCAUUUGAUGAUGAUCGAUGGAAGAAUAAGAGUCAUAGUUUCUUGAAGAUGAUGAUUCUUGAUGGGUGUUUCACGCUUGAAGUGCUAAGAUUUGCAGAUAGUGAUGAUAAUGGUGGUGAUUAUGCAGAUAAUGAUCCUGUUUUUAGUGGCCAUGGAAGAUUGCAUGUAAUGCCCUAUAUCAGACGUGAUAUGCUCAUGCUUGAGAAUCAGAUUCCCAUGGCGGUUCUUGAGAUAUUGCUUGAAUUUGAUGGAAACAAUAACCAGGACCCAGAGUUCUUGAACAAGCUAAUCCUCAAGUUCUUAUGCGCCCACAUUCCAAUCCACAAAAGCUUCGGCAAAUGCUUACACAUCUUAGAUCUCUUCAGAAAAAGCCUUCUUCAGCACGAACCCACUCACCCAACAAUCAUUCCCAAACAAAUCAUCGCAUCAACCAAACUCCAACAAGAAGAUGAUGAACUCAUCAUUCCCUCUGCAAGAGAGCUUCAAGAAUCCGGCAUCGUCUUCCAGCCAAGCAAAAGCCACAGCCUCAAAGAUGUCUCCUUUGAUGGCGCCGCCGGAAUCCUCAGAAUUCCUUCAAUCGUCGUAGACGAUUUCACCGACACAACGUCGUUUAACCUCAUAGCUUUUGAACGCAUGCAUGUUGGAGCAGGCAACGAGGUUUCUUCAUUCGUGUUCUUCAUGGAUAACAUCAUCGAUAACGAAGUUGAUGUAGUGAUUUUGAAACAGAAAGGGAUUGUACAGAAUGCUCUUGGAAGUGACAAAGCUGUGGCGAAGCUUUUCAACUCAUUGUCUAGAGAUCUCGCAGUGGCUCGUGAAGGAGGUUUGGAUAUAGUGCAAGUGAGUGUGUGUAGAUAUUGCAAGACGCCAUGGAAUAAGUGGAGAGCUGAUCUCAUUGAAACUUACUUCAGGAAUCCAUGGGCGAUUGUGUCUCUUGCUGCUGCAAUAUUUCUGUUUGCGUUGACUGUCGUUCAGACUAUGUAUACGAUUAAUCCAUUCAAUCAUGACGAGAACUCCAAUCCAUCUCCUCCGCCUAGGCCACCAUUCUUUCCUAGACUUCCUCGUCAUCAUCUUUGAAUUUGAGUUGUGAUUCCGUGGUGGUGAUUGUGCAAUACUACAAAGAGAAAAAUAUCGAAGGGUUC